AAGUCUCGGAACGUGGAAGGGUGAGUGCUCCACGAUACGGUGAAGUGAUGGCAGAGGAGCAAAAUGUCAACAUGCCAAGUGCGUUCUCGGCCGCAGCGCAGCCAGAAAGCGUGGACGACUUCGCCUUCGAGCUUCCGGCUGAGCUACUCGACGUCUCCUUCGUGCUGCCCGACGAGCCCAAACCGAGGCCUGCCGAAGAUCCUGAGCCAACCCCCGAGCAAAAGAAGCUACGAAAGAAAAAAAGCAAGAACCGAGCUGCCAAGCCUGUGCUGCGUUCGAGCCGUGGUCGGGAACUUAAGACCACCGUGCAUUACAGUAUUGCAAAAUUCAAGGCAGACGAGAAGCCGUGGACAGUACCUGAACGUAAACGCCUGCUGGCUGCACUGAAGGCUCAUGGAAGCAGUGACGUGAACAAGCUGGCCAAGGCUGUUCGCACGCGAAGUGUUGCUGCUGUCAGCCACUUCUUGUUGGAGCGCCGGCGCUUGAAGGAUCGCAUCGUGAUCCAGGGCCCAGCUGGCAACAGGGCUGCAUACGCGACUCGCAUUUUGCGCAGAGCUCUGAAUGUGAUACGGCGCCGCUAUGACCGCUCGAAAUUACUCCCACAGGUAGUGGCUGCCUGUGAGCAGCAACCAUUUCCCGAGCCGACGGAGGACUCCACCAAAGAGCUGCCCCAGUUUGAGCAUAUCUACCAGACGAUUCGUGACGUGAUGGAAAACAACGUGCCAGCUGCAUUGGGAGAGUGCGAGCUCUGGAUAACGCAUCGUCUGCUGUGGACCAUACGGAACAUUGUCAACACGCUCGACCUGGACUCUUCGAAGGAGGCUCUGUACCAGGCUCUCCGCUGGGCGGCUGCACAGCCUGCUGAUGGCUACUCAAAGCCCACUGGCCAGGAUGACGAGCAAUGCCAGGUUUUGCCAUCUGAGGACACUAUGAGGCGAAACAUGAACUUCCCCAGCAUGAAGGAGCGAAAGGAUGGCCUGAAGUCUUCGUGGAACCCGCUCCGGAUGCCCACAAAUGUCAUCCAAGUUCAGUGGGCUGCGAUCCAAGAGUAUCUAGCCCAGAACCCCUCCCGUCGUGAAUGUGUCGAGCGUUUGCUUCCGAAUGAGGAAAUUCCAUCAACUUCCUCUGCCACUACUGCCAGCAACACUAUUUCCGGCAAGGCCGUGGCCGCUCGCAAGAAGACGGAUUCGCGGUCUUUGGAAACAUUCAAUGUUUGGAAGAACUGAUCUUGCUGCAUUCCAAGAGGCCAACGAUUGCAAGUAUGACAUGUGGCCGUUACCACGUAUGCCAUUCUCCCGGACAUGACUAGCACAAGAAGUGUGAACUUUCAACUUUAUUUCAGACUUUAUUUUGUUUUAUUUGGCCUAGAUCACAACACCAAUAAAUAAUUUGUGAUAUUUGGUGGAAUUUUAUAUAAGAGUUCUUUGUUUUUGUGCUGUUUCCUAAAAAGACAGGAGCAGGUGCUUAAAUUUAGGGACUGUCUGUUUAUAGUGUAUAAGGUACCAAUGUCAGAUGGCAAAAGAUAGGGUGUGUGUGGGAAAUGCAAAAGAAACAAGAGAAGUCAAGUAAUGUAAGUGCACAAGUACUGUGCGACCUUUACCGUAUUUGCUCGUGUAAUGAAAACUUUCUUUAUAUUUUUUUUUUUCAGAAAACUUGGCGCCAGUUUGGAGGAAGGUUCAUUAAAAAUUCUAGCAACAAAAAUCUGGCUGUCCGAUCGCUGCGGCCCUUCAGUUAAGUUGGUGAACUAGAAGCCUCUAAACUUAUCUAAGAACUGCGCUUUCCACAAGUGGGAAACUGUCCUUGUUUUAGCUCGCGAAAUGCGCAAUAAACCUUUUGGGUUAGCCGAAGCUCUUCUUGUUUCUCCUAGUAAAAAACCUGCACGAAUCAACACUGAAUUAAUGCUGUUCAGCAGCUCGGUUCUCAUGCCCCAGCGCAUGCGCAAUCAACUUUAAGUUUAAAACUGGCCAUGUAGCUAGCAUACUGACCGGUUGCACCUUGCACAGCAGGUGUCCAGCAAUGUUCACUAGGACAAACCCGGCAACAAAAGUGCACCACUGGAUGGUAGUGCACGCAGCAGAGCGCCAGAGUCAAAGCUCACUAUUCGUAGCGAGAUCGGGCUAUAGGUGGCAGUGGCAGCACUGUUUCCUAAUAGUGUGGAUAGGCAGUUCGCAGCGCAUUUACGAUUCCGUGCAUUGUCUCUUAUUUGCAUGCGAUAUGAGCCGUUUGUUGGCGAAUAAAAUGCGUUGACUGCA